AUGACUUCUUCAUCUUCAAAUGCAUCAAGCUCUGAUUUUGAAACACAUAAUUAUCCUUCGAAUAAAAAAAUAACAUAUAAAACCCCUAAUAAUUCAUUCAUUUAUAAUAUUAUUAAUGAAGGUAUUUAUCCUGAUGUUCCAAAAUAUACUCAGGCCAAUUCUAAUGGUUGUAAGUACCCUAUACCUGAUGAGUACUUAGUCGAAACUGAAUUUGGAAAAAAGAAGCAUAUACUCAGAUGUUCUACUAAAUACUAUGACAAUAGGCCUGUAUAUUAUUUGAAUUGGAAUAGUGAAAAUGAAAAUCGCCAAGUAACAUCAGAAAAAUCAGCAACAGAUGCCACUCAAAAAUAUUUGAAGGAAAUUGAUAAAAAAACUACUAGAAUGUCUGGAGUUUUGUUAUUCGGGUUUCAGCUUCAAUGUGUACAUAAUCGACGCAUUAAUAAACAAAAACGCAACACAAUUAUUCCCUUUGAAGAAGCAAAAGAUUCUACACAUAGAAGUCGUUUAAAAGUCUUUGGAAAAAAUAUAUUAGAUGAUUUUAAUGAAUCAUCAGAUAAUAUUUUAAAUUCCAAUUCAAGUGAACUUAUUGGAAUUACAUUAAAAAUUAAUGAUCAAUUAUAUUAUCUUUGCUUUAAAGAAGAUGAAGAUGGAAAGAAAUUAUAUGCUGAAGCAGUGGUUCAACAACUUGAUCAACAUAAUAUAUCACAAAGUGGAUAUCGUAGUCUAACAAAACUUGAUCCUAAUUUACCACGAGAAAAUAUAACAUCAAAUGUAAAAAAAGAAAUUACAAACCUGAUGAAUGCUGAAAUUCCCAUAAAUACAAUUAAUAUUUAUUCACAAGAUAAAAUUUUAACAUUUGUAAUUAAAAUGCUAAUUAAUCAAAAAGUACUUGAUUAUACUUUGGAUGAUAAUGUUCAUAUUAGAAUAUCUGGAGAUGGAAGAAAUGUUGGUAAAAAAAUCAAACAUGUCAUGAUUACAUUUGCAAUUAUGAAUAAUAAAAAUGCUAUUUUUCUACCAGAUCAUCAUUAUAGCUUAGUACUAUAUUCUG